GAUAAGCUGUGGGUGCAUUGUGGUGAAGCUGAAACCAGUAAAUUCAUACUCAAGCAUGAGCCUCUAAGUGGUAACAACGAGAAGAUUGAUCCUGAAUUGUGUUGUUAUGGCUGUGACAUUGGAUUUGUUGAAGAAAAGCUGCUGGAAGAUGGAAAGAUUAAAUCCAUGGAAAAGAAGAAAAAGAAGAAGAUAGCAGUUGAGGAUGAGCUGCAGGAGAAUGAUGAUGAUGCUGAAACCAGUAAAUUCAAUUUCAAGAAAAUGGGACCUGAAGUUCAUAAAAAUAUAGUUCAGGUUGGUGUUAGAUAUGUUUCACCUUAUUUUCGUAAUGACACUGCAAAGAAGAUUAAUGGCAAACCAUUGGUUAAGGAAAGCAAAUCUGAACCCUUUGCAUUACCUACCUUUGGAGACUUGAUGGGGGAUAAACUGGAGAACGGUUGUAGCAGGAUGCAGGUUAAUCAACAGGGACUUGAAUGUAAUGUUGAUUCUGUUAUGACUUCUGCUUGCAGAGACUUCUUUGAGGAUGAGCUGAAAGAAAAAGGAAAUGGAUUUGAAUCUGUUAGCAUGAAAUCCAAGAAGAGAAAAUCUAAUAGCCAGAAAACUGCUGAAGAGAGUGCCAGGAUUAGAAAUGUCUCUCCGUACUUUCAGAUUGACAAUGUGAAGAAGACUGUUGUAGUAGAAACAAUUGAUCAUGAAAAUGACUUUGAUUCUGUUGCAUUAAUGGAUACUUGUGGAUACAGGAUGCAAGACAGGGAGGAAGAUAAUGGAGAUAAAAUUGCAAUUGAAAAGAUUAAAUUCAAAGGCAAGAGAACAUACAAGAAGCUUGAGUCUGUUGAACAUGAUCUAAUUCAACUUUCUCCUUUCUUUCAACGUGACAAUGAGAAAAUGGUUGAUGCUGAUUCAUGUUGUGAGAUUGGAUCUGUUGCUUCAUCAGGUAUUGGUAGUUGCUUCCCUGGAGGUAAGCUGCUGGAGGAUGGAAAUGAAAUGGAAAAUGGAACAUAUAAAUUCAAGAAGAACAAAACCGUUGCAAAUAAGCUUCAAGAGAAAAGAAAAAAUGCUGAAACCUGUAAUGUUAAACCCAUGAAGAUGAAAUCUGUGGUUCAGAAAAAUAUAGCUAAAGUUGGUGUUAGAUACAUUUCCCCUUUUUAUCAUAAUGAUAGUGUGGAGAUGAUUAAAGAUAAACCAUUGAAUAUGGAUAGCACAUCUGGAUCCAUUGCUUUACCCACCUUUGGAAAUUCCAUUGAGAAUAAACUGGAGGGAAAUAAUAGUGGGGAGAAGAUUAAACAACAGGGACUUGAUAGUCAUAUUGAUUCUGUUGUGUUUAAUGUUGCUUCUAGAGACUUUGAGGAACAGCAAGAAAAAGGAAAAGAAAUUGAAACCAUUAAAGUUAAAUCCAAGAAGACAAAAUCCAAUAAUCAAAAAACUGCAGAGGAGCGUGACAAGGUUCGAAAGGUUUCUCCUUACUUUCAGAAUGACAAUGAGAAAACAGUUAAUUUGGAAGCAAUUGAUCAUAAAAAUGAUUUUGAUUCUGUUGCUUCAGUGGGUAAGUAUGGAGAUACAAUUGCAAUUGAAAAUGGAAUGAAUAAUUUGAGAAAGAAGAAAGUCGUUGCAAAUAAGCUGCAUGAGAAUGGAAAUGAUGCUGAAACUUGUAAUGUUAAACCCAAGAAGACUAAAUCUGUGGUUCAGAAAAAUAUAGUCCAAGUUGGUGUUAGAUAUGUUUCCCCUUAUUUUCAUAAUGGCAGUGGGAUGAAGUUUAACGUUCAACCAUUGAAUAAGGAAAGCAAGACUGAAUCCAUUGUUUUACCUACCUUUGGAAAUUUCAUUGAGGAUAAACUGGUGGAAAAUAAUGGAGGGAAGAAUGUUAAACAACAGGUACUUGAAGCUAAUGCUGAUUCUAUUGUGUUAACAGUUGCUUCUGGAGACUUAUCUGAGAAAAGUAGAAAUGAAAUUGAAACCAUCAAAGGUAAUUCAAAGGAGAGAAAAUCCAAUAGUAGGAAAACAGCUGAGGAGCAUCCCAAGGUUCGGAAGGUUUCUCCUUACUUUCAGAAUGACGAUGUGAAGACAGUUAAUGUAAAAGAACAUGAUCUUGAAAGUGACCUUGAUUCUAUUGCUUUAAUGCGUACUUGUACUUUUGGAGAUAAAAUUCCAAUUGAAAAUUUUAAAUAUGAAGGCAAGCGAGCAUCUACAAAGGAUGAGACAGCUGAGCAUGCUCAAAUUCGAAAGGUUUCUCCUUCCUUUCAAAGUUACAUUGUGAAGAAGGAUGGUGCUGAAUCACGUUGUCUUGACAGUGAGAUUGGAUCGCAUGCUUUACCUAGUACUGGUGGUAGGCUCCUUGAACAUAAGCUGCUAGAGGAUGGAAAUGUAUUGGAAAAUGGAAAGAUUAAUUUCAAGAAGAGAGCCAUUUCAAAUAAACUGCGAGAGAAUGGAAAUGAGGCCACAACUAGUAAAAUUAAAUCCAAGAAGACAAAACCUAUAGUUCAGAAAAAUGUUGCCCAUGGUAUUAGAUAUGUUUCCCCUUAUUUUCAUAAUGACAAUGGUAAGAAGAUUAAUGUCAAACCUUUGGUUAAGCACAGCAAAUCUGAAUCCAUUGAUUUACAUGCCUUUGAAAACUCCGCGGAGGAUCAACUGGAGGUAAAUACGUCUAGUUGCAGUGAAGAAUCAAUUGAAAUUAAAAGAAAGCUUUCUGCGUUAGAGAUAUGGGAUGAGGCUUACAAAAGAAGAACUCCUGAUAAUACAUGGAAGCCUCCACGGUCUGCAACUGGUCUCAUUCAAGAGGAUCACAUUCACGACCCUUGGAGGGUGUUGGUUAUUUGUAUGCUUCUCAAUCGGACUACUGGUAGACAGGCAAAAAAGAUUGUGUCAGACCUUUUCAAGUUAUGUCCAGAUGCAAAAUCUUGUACCCAAGUUGCCAGAGAGGAAAUAGAAAAGACCAUACAAAGUUUAGGCCUUCAACACAAAAGGGCGGCAAUGUUACAGCGCUUCUCUGAGGAAUACUUGGAUGAAAGUUGGACUCAUGUAACUCAACUGCAUGGUGUUGGCAAGUAUGCAGCCGAUGCAUAUGCUAUAUUUAUUACAGGAAUGUGGGAUAGAGUGAAACCUACUGAUCACAUGUUAAACUAUUAUUGGGAAUUCCUCCAUCGUAUCAAGUAUGAAUCGUAAAAGACUUGGCUAAAUUAUUACACUAGCGUCUGUCUCUCAGUUGUCCCUGAUGAGGUGAAAAUCCACAGCAGUUUUUGCCAAUUUUAUUGAUUUGCCCUUGGUGUCAGAAGAUAAUCGCCCUUUCUUUUUGGCCUAUUUAGAGCAUAUCCAACGUUAUACUCAGUUGCUUAAAUGAUUUUUUCUUUUUGUGGGUCUUACAACAGCAUACUUAGGAACUCUUGCUCUUUUUGGGCUAUUUAGAGCAUAUCCAAUGUUAUACUCAUAGAGUUGCUUAAAUGAUUUUUUUGUGGGUCUUACAAAAUCA